UCUGCGACCAGCACUUGACGUUGCCGCACGCGUCUACGCCACUCUGUUAUUGGCCGAUUUGAAUUUCGAACGUUCCAAACCGGCCAAUCGCGUUCGAUUGGACGUUUGAUUUCUUUUUUUCGCGUCUACAGUGUGUUCCGUUAGUGUCUGUGUUUGUGACAUUGCGAAGACCGUGUGUUGAUGACAUCAAAUAGUGAUCUUUUGUAUUAGAAGGUCGGAUAUAUUCUCACGUGUUCUGAUAUACUAAAUACAAGACCGGUGUAGAAUACUCAAGGGGGUGUGACCUACAAACAAGCCUUGCCUUCAAUUUAGCUGGUCUCCAUAAAUUAUCGCACCAUUCAAGGAGGUAAAUAAACACACGCCACAAAGAAGCCAGCUGUGUAGAUUAUUGACCCAGUCUCGAUCGCUCACCGGAAACAUUAUGCCAUAUAAAACAUCUACUAUCUAAAGCGGACCUGACUCGCAUAGCUGGUACGGACCGUUCAAUUAUGCCAGGUUAUUAGCACAGGGCAAGGAUGGAAGAAGUGACAUCGCGACCCAACGUGGAAUACAUCCCACCUUUACCACCCAAAAUGAAACAUAAGAGCUCAACAUUCACGCAAAUUACGAACGACGAGAAAGUAAAUGGAUACAGUGCUACAGAUAGCCGGGCCAUAGACUCUCUAAGUUCGAUGCACUCGCUCGUCCUUAAUUCUAAGACCCCUUCAACGGUAUUCAUAGCGGCGACUCAACCAGACAGACCUGCGAGUACGCUUAGCUCGGACGCCCCAACCAACGGUCCACAUGUCGUCACAAUCAGAAUCAACACGGAUACAGACAAACCGAAAGUGCCUAAAAUAUCGAGCGUGCAUCUCAAGAGCGACAUAGAUUUCGAUGCAUUUAAACUAAACGAUAGAAAAAAUAACAGUCUUGUGAGAAUCAACGUGGACGAGACACGGCCCAAAAUACUAGAGAACGAAGAAAUUAAAGAUAAAGCCCCAUACAUAUAUUGCAAUUCAUUUGUGAAUUCCAUGACGAAUAUGGUGAUGUCGAGCGGCCAGUGCUCCCCGAGUGACACACUUGAUUCGGGAACGUGCAGCGAUUUAGAUGGAACUCCACCACCACUGCCUAAGAAGAAAAAUCUUAAAACUACGAAAAAAGCCGUUUCCAUAACGGUAAUCGGCUCUAAAAAUGGCAACAGUCAAGGUGAUGUAGAUUUCGAAGAUAAUGACUCAAAUAUAUCGUGUGAUUCUCUCAACAGCAGUGAGUUAAAUGGAAGCGUGCACGCUGACGAAAGUCAUAGCGAAUACACAAGUAAAAAGGAAAAGAAACAGACAACAGAACCACCUGUUGCGCCCGUAAUGCCGUCAUUUAUCGGGAAAACGAACAACAAAGACAGUAGCUUUCUACCACAAGGUCUACUUCAAGAUAUUAGAGACCGCUCAGCAAAACUCACUACCGUUGAAACUGAAAGUGAAGUGUGCGAGCAAGGGGAAACAAGCCAGAAUAUUAAUGAAAAUGCAAAUAUAUCAAAAGAAAGCGUACUUACUUCGUUCCGUUUAGUUUCGCAGCUUAAUAAUAGUGCGCAAAAAACUGAUGAAACUGAAUCUAUACCCGCGAACUCGUAUAAACCGCCGCUGAUUAGCGAGAGCACAUACGAGGAGAGGAAGAACCAGGAUAAGAAGAAACAAGAGAAAAUAUGUUACAGCAGCCAUUACUUUGACGCGGACAAAUUUUAUGAUUUCCAUUUAAACGAAAAACAGUUCGAUGAAAAUAAAUCAGUGAAAAGUGUCAGUGUGAGUGCUAAAAGUGAGUGUGACGAUGGAUCUGAAAUGGAGUUCUUUGCUGGUAUAAAGGAUUACAAAAGCGAGGAAGCGCCAUCAACCAUAAAAAGUUCAAAGGGGACAAUCCGCGGUGUUAAGAACCGCGUGAGAGCCGGCAUAGCUACGUUCUUACAGAUGCAGAGCACGACUAAGAGCUACAAAGAAAAAGACGCUGGCAAGGUCGUCGUCUAUACCACAACGAUGGGCAUCGUGAGGAGUACGUACCAACGCUGCGUCCUCGUCAAGAAGAUAUUACGAAACUUGCUGGUGAAGUACGAAGAGAGAGAUGUCUUCAUGAGCACAGAAUACCAAGACGAGAUCAGAGACAGGAUGAGGAGCGAGCAGAUAUUGGUUCCGCAGCUCUUCGUUGAUGGACAUCAUAUUGGGGACGCGGACACAGUGGAAAAAUUGAACGAGAGCGGCGAAUUGCGGAAAAUGCUCAAACCAUACCAGAGUCCAGACGCCUGCAACACGUGCCAAGUGUGCGGCGGCUUCAGACUGCUCCCCUGCAGAGUUUGCAACGGUUCCAAGAAGAGUCUCCACAGGAACCAUUUUACAGCUGAAUUCGUCGCGCUCAAGUGCAUGAAUUGCGAUGAAGUCGGCUUAGUUAGAUGCGAAGCGUGCUCUUGAAGGGAAUAUUCAAGAUUCUCUUCAAAGAGUCAACAAGAAAGUCAAUACAGUUCAAUUAAUGUAAAUAUCUUAGUAAUUAUUAAUGCUAGUUAAGUACUUAGUUUAGAGUUUAGAGCAGGGGUGCUCAAUCGACCUUGACCUUGAAUAAAAAGAUGCCUAUUGUGCGGAAAACUAAUAUAUAUGUCACGUUAUUCUCCACAUAGACGACAAUCCUGCAUCACAAAAACUUGCAGCUUCUCAGAGUCGAUCGAUCGUAGUUUAACAAUAUUGAGGUAGACCGCGCACAGUUCAAGUUUGAGCACCCCUACUGUAGAGGUACAAGAGCUUAGGCCUCAGGAAUGGUAAUGAAUAAGAAGUACCGUGAGCGUCACGGUAUAUACUGUGACGACCAUAGUGCUAUUCGUUUUUAUGGGCGACGGUUACCACUUUCCAUUAAGUGGCACGUCAUCUAAUUUACCAUUCCAAAUUUUCAAGUUACAUAAAAAAAAUAAAGAUUGCGUACACUAUGGUAACACGAAAAUUUAUUAUUUAUUUAUUUUUAAAAUUAUUAAAAAAAUUCUUAUGCAAAAAUAUUAAAGUCUUAUUAAUUUAAGAAAUUAAUUAGGCAUUAUAAAAUAAUCUUUGCUGGUGUAAAGGAGUUGCCAGCUAUCUCGCUCCACCUUGGUAAUUAGAUCGUGUAAUACAUACGUAUAACGUCACCUGUUCAAUAAAGUUGUCUCCCAUAAUACGAUGAUUAAAAUCUUAAUCAUCUGUUAAAGACAUUUUCUUUUGUAGUAGCUAAAAUAUAUAUUGAGUGGUUAAUUUAUUUAACUUUUUUUUUAAUGCGUAUCUUGUCUCUUUGGUGAUCAAACAGAUUGAUCGAGGUUUAAAUAAAGUAAAAAUGUGUAAAUUAAUAUAAAUGAUUUAAACAUUUAAAUGUAACUGAUUAUGAUAAAACAAAUUAAAGACAAAUAGUUCUUAAAUGUUAUUUAUUUAAUAAUAGUAAUUCCUUUCUUAUUGUUUCCUUACGCUAUAUAUAAAACCUAUGUGUAAAUUUCGAAAUUCUAGAUUCAGCAGUCUCAGCUUUGCGUUGAUGCAUGAGCCCGAUAAACAUUUUAACCUUUCUAUAGAGUGUGUUAGUGUACGCAUCUUUAUUUUUUUUUUAUCAGUACAGAAUUGAGAAAAUACUAGCAGUGUAAUGUAAAUUUAUUAUAUUAUGUUUAUUUAGCUCAAUUUUCAUUUUAUAUAUGUGAAUAUGUCUCUUAUAUCUAAAUUUAACAGUGUAAUAAUAUACAGCACCAACAUUUUUUUUUAUAAUAAAAAUACGUGGUGUAAUUUCUAUUUGAAAUGAUUUUGAAAUUUAAUAUAUAACUAUUACCUGUAUAGAUAUACUUUUUAUACAAUAGGUUAUAUUGAGCAAAGCUAAUAAGCGAAUGUAAUAAUUAAUUGUAAAAACAAACAUUUAUUUUUUCAUGUUUUCUUUUUCAAAACAGUCAGUUUCAAUUGUAAAUUCUAGAUAUUAAAUCUGAUAUUGUAUUUAUAAUUUACUUCUUCACAUUCUACUCAGAAUCACAAUUUUAAUAUUUUAUUUACUUAAUAAUUAAAUUUUAAGCACAAAUGAUUCUAAACAAAGCAGUGUUUUCAUAAUAGUGCGAUCAAAAUAUUUUUAAGCAUUUUCAUGUCAUUUAUGAAUAUAGCUAAAAUCUUAAACAUAUAUUUUUAAAGCAAAUAGUAAAAAUUUAAGGUAAAUUCAAUACAGUGCCAAAAAUUUUAUUACUUAAAUUUUCACUAAAUACCACUUUGAUUACUUUAUAAUAAUUAAAAAUGCUACUAGCAUAUUAACAAAUAGAAAAUACACAUUUUUUUUUCAAUAUAUAUAACAAAAAAUAAAUAGAAUUGUAUAUAUUUGUAAUUGUAUACAAUAUUAAAGUCAAACACAAUUGUAUAAAAAUGUAUCAGCAAAUGUACUUUAAUUAAUUCAAAAAUAACAAUAUGUUUAAUAUUCAGAAUACUCUAAACUUAUCAAUGUGAAAAUGUCAAAAUAAUUUAAAUUUUAAAUGAGAUUUUUAUUUACUUAAACAUUUUCAUCUAGUAUCUUAAUUUUUUAUUAAAUUUAUAAUUGACUACAGUAAUUGAUUUAUAAAAUGUAAAUAAUACAGCAUACAAAUUAUUAUUAGUAUUUACGAAACAUAAAGUUUUAAAUUAAAAAAAAACGAAUUAUUUUAUUCAUUUUUGUUGCGCAUAUUUAAAAUAUUAUUAUGUAAUUAAUUUAAAUAAUAAAUGGGCAUUUUACAUCGUAAAAUGUAGUCCUCGGUAAUUUUGUUUAAUUAUUUAUUAUUAUUCGUGUAUUUUUAUGAGUGAAUUACUUGGUGUGCCAACUAAUGUUUUGGAAUGACACUACUUAUAUUUACGUAUCUUUAUUUUCUCAACUGCGUAAUAGGUUAUUGAUUAGUGUUGCAUAUGUUGAAUGCCCACUUGGUAAUUAAUAUAGUUUUCUCAUCUAUUUUUGUUAUGUGUACUUACACAUUUACAUAAGUAAUAUUACGAAGAAUUAUUAAAUUAAUUACUUAGUUGAAAAUACAAACAUGACUGUCAUAGUUCUUAAUUUGGUAUCUUUAAAAAAUAUAUACAAUAUGUUAAAAGUAAAUCUAAAGUUUCUAAAGCAAGUAACCUAAAAAGAAUUCUAAUCAGGUUAAGACUUUCUAUAUAAUUUUUUUUAAAAAACAAGAAUAAAAUGUUAGUAGUCGCGAAAUUUCUUGUCUUUUUUAUACUUAUAUUCGUAUUCCUUUGAGAAAAAUCUUCAUUUUCACUAGUAUAAUACUUGCUUAAAAACCUUAUAUUGAAGAUUGUCUUAUUAUGACUAUUAUCUCAAUAAACGUUUCGUCAUUCGUCUAUGAAAACUGAAACUUCUUAAAUUCCAUCCAAUUUUUCGUCAAGAGUAAUAAAGUUGGAAAACUUUCAAAACGAUGAAUAAUUGCCAAAUGAUUAUAUUGAUUGUUUCUACCACGUAAUUUGUUAUGAGAAAUUUUUGUUAUAAAAACUGUCUAUACUAAUACCUAUUUAUUGUAUCGAUCAGUUAUGUAUUUUGUAUAAUUAAAAUUCAAAGGUUCAACAUUUCAUACCAUCCUUACACGUGACUCUAAUUAAUGUUUUUUUUUUUUUAUUAACUCAUAAUUUACGCAGUUGAGAAAUAUUUAUUUAAACUCUAUAAGAUUCAUGUUUAUUUCAUAUGUGACACGAGUCCUAUCUAAUUACCUUGGUAAUAAAUGUAGAAAUGCUAUAAUUACAAAUUAUUUUGAUACGAGGAUAAAAAUCUGUGAAUAUAAUUUUUCAAACGGAAUGACUUUUUAAUUAAUUCUGCAUUCCAAUUUGAUAAAUACUUUUAGAUAUUAAUAUCAGAUUUUUAAUUAAGUAUCUACUUUAAUUUCGUUUUAAUUUCUUGUUCAUUUUAAAUAAAACGCCACAAGAAAAUUGCAUUUCUACAAAUAUCAUGUAUUUUAUUUUAAAAGUUUAAUAUGAACAAUUUUCUUUUCUGUAUGUAAUUAUCUUUAUUACUAAUUAACAUUAAUAAUCUUUUCAAAUAUGUUAUGUAUUAUUUAGUACGGAAAAAGAGAUUCUAUGAGAUUAAGAAGAAAGAUUAAUUUAGAAAUCAGAUGUUAACUCUUAAUAUUUAUAAAAAUAUGCAUGAUAUAAUAUUGCAUGUUGUAACUUUGUAAAUUUUUGUAAAAGAAAUUUCGGUGCAAAUUGUAAACGAAUUUUUAGUUAAUAAAAUAUAAUGCCAUAAAUUAGAUGCAAUAUAUUUUUAUACAAAUAGUUUAUUUUACUUUAUUUUUUUAAAUAAAUAAGAUAAUUUUAGUUUGUACUAGCAAAUAUCCAUCGCUUACUGUAAGUUGUGGUUUUAUUUUUGUUUAUUUUCAAAGUUUCAUCAAUCCACUGUCAAAUUUAAUUUUUAAACUAUAUUUAAUAUUUUAUAUUAAUAUUAAAAUAUGUACUUAAAUAUUUUAAAACAAUGUACUUACAUAAUAAGCCAUGCUGGCUGUUAUCGAGUUGUGAUAAUAUAUACUGUCUCUAUAUAUAGCAAAACGAUAGCUAUUCUAAACUUCUUCAGGUUUCAUUCGCAUGUUAAGCUAUCGAUAUAAAAUUAAGAAAUUUUGUAAAUAUUUUUGUUUUAAAUAAAUAAUAAUAU